AUGGUAUUUCUGGACAAAUUAGUUAAGCCUCUAAGAACCUGUCUACGUCUCUCAGAUUCCUUUCUAUCAGACCGUCUCUCUUUCGCUAUCCUUUCUUCUUUCACCCUCUUUAUUCGUCUGUCUCUCUUUCUCACUCUUUCUCUUCCCAUCUAUCCCUCUCUCUGUUUCCUGGAGUUUUCUCUCUAUUUUUUUCUUAUCUAUUGCUUUCCUCUCUCUCUCUCUCUCUCUCUCUCUCUCUCUCUCUUCCACUCUCUCUUUCUCUUAGAAACUGACCUUAGACCUUUUCUAUCUUUCACUCACUUUUUCUCUCCAUCUUUCUUUUUCUUUCUUCCUCUCUCUUCAUCUCAGGCCAUCGCCAUUUCUUUUUUUCUUCUUCUCAGACCUCUCUCUCUCUCUCUUUCUCUCUCUCUUUUGCUCAGAGUUUCUUACAUUUUCACACUCUCCCAGAAUUUCUCUCUCACACCAUCACUCACUCUUGUUCUCUCUUACUGUCACUCUUCCAUAUUUUUUUUUUCUCAGAUUUUUUCUUUUUCUCAGAACUCUCUUUUCGAUUAUACUCUCUCUCUCUCUCUCUCUCUCUCUCUCUCUCGCACCCUCUCUUGUUUUCUUUCCCUCCCUGCCGUCAUGUCAGUACAACUCCAAUUCUUUCUUUCUCCCAGAUAUUCUCCUUUUCUCAGAUUUUCUCACUCUCUCACUCUCUUUCAUUGUCACUCUCUCACUCUCAUUCUCUUUGACUCUAUCUCACAGCUUCUCUCUCUUUUUCUCGGUACAUCUCCCAUUCUUUCUUCCCUACAGAUCUUCUCUAUCUUUUUCUCAGAUCUUCUCACUCUCUCACUCCCUUUCUUUGUCACUCACUUUCUCUUUGAUUCUCUCUCACAACUUCUCUCUCUUUUUCUCAGUACUUCUCCCAUUCUUUUCUUUCCCCCAGAUCUGCUCUAUCUUUUUCUCAGAUAUUCACCCUCUCACUCACUCUUUGUCACUCUCUCACUCUCUUUCUCUUUGAUCCUCUCUUUCUCUCUCACAAUUUCUCCUUUGUUCUCAGUGCAUCUCCUAUUCUUUUCUUUCCCUCAGAGCUUCUCUAUCUUUUCCGCAAAUCUUCUCACUCUCUUUCUUUGUCACUCUCUAUUCCUUCUUUUUCUUAAAUCUUCCCUCUCUAUUUCUACUAAAAAUUCUCCCCCUCUCUCUCUCUCUUACUCAUUCCCUCUCACACCCUGUCCUUUUCUCUCUUUUGUUCUCUCUCCCUCCCUGUUUCCCUCUGCGUCUCUUUUUUUCUGUCUUUCUUUAAGUAGCAUAAACCCUGUCGCUCUUUUCGAAACAGCAGCCCGUGUGGGCGGAUUCCUCAGAUAUUUCCAAAUGAGCGGGAAGAUGAGGAAGUAA